CAACGGAGGAAGAGCGCACGGCUCACAGGAAGCGCUCGCUAGGGUCUGCUCUUUCCGGGAAUGGGUGGGGUGCGCACUCCUCAACAGGGCUCUCAAGACUUGCGUCACGCGCCUCAGUCGGCUGGCUUAUAAAACACCGGCCAGAGCCCCAAGAUCGCUUUUAGUUUCUCUUCUUUCUAAAGAAGCCUCGCGGAGCCCGGCUGGGGAACCUCACCCUCGCCGAGCCUAGAACCGAGAGGGGGCUACCCGAGGCGGUCACCAGCAGAUUUGCCCGCGCAUUCUCUUUUUUUCCACCCAGUUGCCCUUGCGGCCGGCUGUAAACCUGCCACUAGGACCCGGUCGGUGAGAUCUAGCCUCUUGACCUGAGAGCCGAGAGUGGAUCGCUGGGCUGGGCUAACGGCGACGGAGAGCGCGCCCUCGCUGACUCCGGGCGCGCCCAGCAGUAGCACCGCCCGCGCCCGCCCCUGGACACUUGUAAGUUUCGAUUUCCGAUUUCCGCGGAACCCAGUCCCGCGCCGCGGCAGAGCCAGCACAGCCAGCGCGCCAUGGCGGACCCGGAGGUGUGCUGCUUCAUCACCAAAAUCCUGUGCGCCCAUGGGGGCCGCAUGGCCCUGGACGCGCUGCUCCAGAAGAUCGCGCUGUCUGAGCUGCAGCUCUGUGAGGUGCUGCAGGUGGCCGGGCCCGACCGCUUUGUGGUGUUGGAGACCCGCGGCGAGGCUGGGAUCACCCGAUCGGUGGUGGCCACCACUCGAGCCCGGGUCUGCCGUCGCAAGUACUGCCAGAGACCCUGCGAUAACCUGCAUCUCUGCAAGCUCAACUUGCUGGGCCGGUGCAACUAUUCGCAGUCGGAGCGGAAUUUAUGCAAAUAUUCUCAUGAGGUUCUCUCAGAAGAGAACUUCAGAGUCCUGAAAAAUCACGAACUCUCUGGACUGAACAAAGAGGAAUUAGCAGUGCUGCUCCUCCAAAGUGAUCCUUUUUUUAUGCCCGAGAUAUGCAAAAGUUAUAAGGGAGAGGGUCGGCAGCAGAUUUGUAACCAGCAGCCACCGUGUUCAAGACUCCACAUCUGUGACCACUUCACCCGAGGGAACUGUCGUUUUCCCAACUGCCUCCGGUCCCAUAACCUGAUGGACAGAAAGGUGCUGGCCAUCAUGAGGGAGCACGGGCUGAGCCCUGAUGUGGUCCAGAACAUCCAGGACAUCUGCAACAGCAAGCACAUGCAGAAGAACCCCCCGGGGCCCAGAGCUCCUUCUUCACAUCGUAGAAACACGGCAUAUAGAGCUAGAAGCAAAAGUAGAGAUCGGUUCUUUCAGGGCAGCCAAGAAUUUCUUGCGUCUGCUUCAGCGUCUGCUGAGAGGUCCUGCACGCCUAGUCCAGAUCACAUCGGCCACAGGGCUUCCCUGGAGGACGCACCUGUGGACGAUCUCACCUACAAGUUCACGUAUCUGGAGAGUCAGGAUCGCGCUCGGCCUCCCUCAGGCUCGUCCAAGGCUACUGAUCUUGGAGCAAAAAGUCAGGCCGGGGCAAGCCAGAGGUUUUUAGAGAACGGCAGUCAAGAGGACCUCUUGCACGGAAAGCCAGGCAACACUUACCUUGCUUCCAGUUCAACACCAGCCCCCAACUGGAAGAGCCUCACAUCCUGGACGAAUGACCAAGGCGCCAGGAGAAAGACUGUGUUUUCUCCCACGCUACCUGCCGCCCGCUCUUCUCUUGGCUCUCUGCAAACACCUGAAGCUGUGACCAACAGAAAGGGCACAGGCUUGCUUUCCUCAGACUACAGGAACAUCGAUGGCAAAAGUGGAACUCAGGACAUCCAGCCUGGCCCUCUUUUUAAUAAUAAUGCUGAUGGAGUGGCCACAGAUAUAACUUCUACCAGAUCCUUAAAUUACAAAAGCACUAGCAGCGGUCAGAGAGAAAUAUCAUCACCUAGGACUCAGGAUGCUGGAGCUGCUUCCCGAGAUGUCCAGGCCACUGGCAGAAUCGCAGAUGAUGCUGACCCAAGAGUAGCACUUGUUAACGGUAAAUACAAAGGGAAGACACUUUGGGCUGGUACAUUUGUUCACGAUAUACCAAAUGGCUCUAGUCAAGUGGCGGAUAAAACUACUGAUGUAGAAAAAACUGGUGCCACUGGUUUUGGCUUAACAAUGGCGGUCAAGGCAGAAAAAGAUGUGUUACGUACUGGAAGUCAGAGUCUGAGGAACCCGGUCCCCACCACACCUGGGGAAUCCACUGCCCCUGCACAAGUCAGCACUCUGCCUCAGUCACCUGCUGCCCUCUCCUCAAGCAACAGAGCUGAAGUCUGGGGGGCCCAAAGGCAGAACUGCACCCAGGUUCCUGUUUCCUCUGCCAGGGAGCUCACAAGGAAGACAACAGGGUCUGCUCAGUAUUCUUUAUCUGAUGUCACAAGUACCACAUCUUCUAGGGUGGAUGAUCAUGACUCAAAGGAAAUUUGUCUUGACCAUCUGUGUAAGGGUUGUCCGCUUAAUGGUAGCUGCAGCAAAGUCCACUUCCAUCUGCCUUACCGGUGGCAGAUGCUUAUUGGUAAAACCUGGACGGACUUCGAGCACAUGGAGAUGAUCGAAAAAGACUACUGUAACCCCGGAAUCCACCUCUGUUCUGUAGGAGUUUAUACAAUCAAUUUUCGGGAAAUGAGUAGUGAUUUCUUUCCCAUCCGACGCCUCUCUACUCCUUCUUCUGUCACCAAGCCAGCCAAUUCUGUCUUCACCACCAAAUGGAUUUGGUAUUGGAAGAAUGAAUCUGGCACAUGGAUUCAGUAUGGAGAAGAGAAAGACAAACGGAAAAGUUCAAACAUCGACUCUUCAUACCUGGAGUCUCUCUAUCAAUCCUGUCCGAGGGGAGUUGUGACAUUUCAGGCGGGCUCACGGAACUAUGAGCUGAGUUUCCAAGGGAUGAUUCAGACAAACAUAGCUUCCAAAACUCAAAAGGAUGUCAUCAGAAGACCAACCUUUGUGUCUCAGUGGUAUGUGCAGCAGAUGAAGAGAGGGCCAGACCAUCAGCCAGCAAAGACCUCGUCAGUAUCUUUAACUGCGACCUUUCGUCCUCAGGAGGACCUUUGCUUCCUAUCCUCAAAGAAAUAUAAGUUGUCAGAGAUCCAUCACCUACAUCCAGAAUAUGUCAAAGUAAGUGAGCAUUUUAAAGCUUCCAUGAAAAAUUUCAAGAUUGAAAAGAUAAAGAAGAUCGAGAACUCAGAGCUCCUGGAUAAAUUUACACGGAAGAAAUCGCAGAUGAAGGAAGAAGGAAAACUCCUAUUUUAUGCGACAAGCCGUGCCUGGGUGGAAUCUAUCUGUGCGAAUAAUUUUGACUAUUUCCUACAUGAAACUCAUGAAAACAGAUAUGGAAAAGGAAUUUACUUUGCAAAAGAUGCCAUCUAUUCCCACAAAAAUUGCCCGUAUGAUGCCAAAAACAUCAUUAUGUUUGUAGCCCAAGUUCUGGUUGGAAAGUUUAUUGAAGGAAAUAUGACGUGCACAAGCCCUCCUCCACAGUGCGACAGCUGUGUGGAUACCAGGUUGAAUCCCUCUGUUUUUGUCAUCUUUCAGAAAGAUCAGAUUUACCCACAAUAUGUGAUUGAAUAUACUGAAGCAGACAAACCCUGCGUGAUUAGUUAGAACCGAUGAAAAAAAAAAAAGAACCGAUGAAUACAGCGUCAGAAGGAUGCCAUAACCAUUCUGUUCCCUUACAGAACUAAAUUGCCCCAGACAGGAGUUAUAGUUUUAUAUUUUCCUGCCCAGCUAUCUAAUGUCUUAGAUCAGUGGUCCCCAAACUUUCCUACAUAUUUGAAUCAUCUGGGAAGUUUUAAACAAAUUCGGAUGCCCAGAUUGCACCCCAUGCCAAUGAAAUCAUUUCUGGGUGUCAGCGCCAAGCAGUUGUAUUUUUUUUUUUUUUUUUUUUUGGAGACCGAGUCACUCCAUCGCCCAGGCUGGAGUGCAGUGGCACGAUCUCAGCUCACCGCAACCUCUGCCUCCCGGGUUCAAGCAAUUCUCCUGCCUCAGCCUCCCGAGUAGCUGGAACUACAGGCACACGCUGUCGUGCCCAGCUAAUUUUUUGUAUUUUUUAGUAGAGACAGGAUUUCACUGUGUUGCCCAGGCUGGUCUCAAACUCCUGAGCUCAGGCAAUCUGCCCGCCUUCGCCUCCCAAAGUGCUAGGAUUACAGGUGUGAGCCACCGUGCCUGGCUGACAGUUGUAUUUUUUAAAGCCCUUCUGAUGAUUCCAAUGUGUUGGAAAGUUUACCUUGUCUGAGAUGUAACUGGUAAAGGCUGAUUUCUACAUUAUCUGUAAUUGCAGCAGCCUUUCUCUCCUGUCUACCCUUUUAGUUUACUGUAUGCCAUGGUUUUGUCUUGGUUACAUUGAAAGAAAGUUAAUUUGGAAAAUUUGGGAGAAGUCUAAUCAUGCCCAUUAAGGAUAUAAGACAUUAUAGCCUUAGAAGAAAGAUUGUGAAAAGCUGGGGAGAAAAUGCUUAAGGACAUGCUAGGGGAAAAAAAGUAAAAUUGAAAUGCUAUUGCAGACAUAGCUGCAGUGCUGUACCUUAUCAUUCUGAUGAAGCUGAUUUGGAGCACCCUUUUCUUUAUCGCUACAUUUAUUUAGGGGACAAACUCCAUCCAGGCUGACUCUCUCUGGAAUGCGGUAAUAAGAGCUGGCAAGUAAGGCUCAGAGAGAAGCAACCAACUGGAGUUAAUUGCCCAUUUGGGCUCUUUGUAUAAUUAUGGCAAAGUAGACAUUUAUGUUCUAAUUAAUAUGAUUACAGAGAAGGCUUUUUCUCAGGUCAGGCUUUUCAUGAAAGUAUUUUGAGAACAAUGAAUUGCAAUAACCAGCUUCACACAAGCAUAACUGAUAAACGCGAGUGCUAUUGUAGUCUUGGCAAAUGAGCCAAGAACCUAGGAGCAGGGCCAUUCCUACUGAAGGACGGGGCCCCUACGGAGAUGACAUUUGUUUCCUGGUGAGCACAGAAUCAGAACAAAGAACGAUAUCCCAAAGAGGCCCUGUGUCUACCAGGAGCUUCUUUUUCCAAAUGUAAUGGAUUAUGUGGAAUUGUAGUACCAUCGGUUUUUACUUAGAGCCCUUGACGUGCUUGAACCAAUAUUUCCUUCCUUCUUAUGAACCAGGUUUUUCCUUCUGAUUUUCCCUUUUCAACAUUCCUUACCAGUCACCAAAGUUUCCUGUUAUAAUUUCUUCUAGCAGACAUGUUAUAAGUCAGAUUUAAGUAGCAUCAGAGUUGAUUUUAUAUUAGUCAGAUUUUGGAUCAUCACAGAGAUCUCCACAACUCCUUGGCUUAAACAACUCCACCAGUAAAAAAAAAAAAAAAAAUAGAGAGUUUUUUUUAGAGUAGAGUUAUUUUCUGGGAGGGUUACCACAAAUGCUUAUUCUCAUUGACUUAUUUCUUUCAUGGUAGCUUUCGUUUUGGAGUGUUCAUUUUCUGAACUUGACCCUCAUAUUGUAAGGUUGCAGUUCGUCCAACUCUUUCCAACAGCCCACUAGACACCACUAGCUUGAUAUUUCACAGGCAUCUUUGAUUCAACAUGUCCAAAGUGGAGCUCUCCAUCUGCCUCCCUCACAUGAAUCUGUUCCUCUCUCAGGAUCUGUAUGUAAGUGAAUAGCAUCACCAUCUACCCAUUGGCUCAAGCAGAAAUCUGGAAGUCAUCUUCGACUCCUUCCUCUCCCUCCUGAUAAACAUCUAAGCAGUUUCUAAGUCUAGUUUUACCUCUUAAAUAUCUCCGUUCCCUUCUAAGUUGUUUGCUGUGUUUUCUUCAGGGCAAGAAGGUUAUAUUUUUUAAAAUUUACUUAGCAGUGCACAUUCAAAACACACAUCAAGUCUUCAGGAUAAAGUUCAAAACCGCUAUCAUGGCCCCAAGUGAUCUCUCCCUCCCCUACCCCUCUAUCAUUUAGUUUCUUCUGCGCAAGCCACUCUGGCUUUCUUACAGUUUUGUGGUUCCCGUUUUUAGCUAGUUCAGUGGUUUUCAAUGGCCAUUUCUGCCUUUUUUUUUCUCUAAACGACAAAUAGAAAUACAUCUUCUUUAUUAUCCUCCAAAUCCAAUUCAGAGGUAAUAUACUCCACCUACACACAAUUUUAGAAAUAAAUUAAAAAUUAAAUAAAACUAAUAUGAACAUACAGAGGAAAUAAAAGGUACCUAACUUGGGCACAACUGUAAUUGAAGACCUAAUGAAAUAGUCAGAUGCUUACAACUAUUUAUAAUGCAUCGACUUGAACUUAGAAGGUAGGAGAUCAGAUCAUAUGUGGGAAAAUGUAAAAGCAGGGAUAUGGGUGGGCAUUAGAAUAAAAACUAGGGAUACAAUAACUUCUUUGCAUAUGACAAUACUUAUUUGUAUAUAAGAGAAAGAACGGAAUAAAGAUACUAUGCAAAAAAAUGUACAGUUGUCGAAGUGGAGAAAAUGAGGAUAUAUUCUUGCAGACGAGCUAUAGGUCAUACAUGAAUGUCUAGUGAGACAUUCAAAAUUCGUAUAGAGUGCAGAAUAAUUUCUUAUUGUGAGGAACUGUCCAAUGUAUUGCAAGAUGUUCUGCAUACUUGGCUCUCACAUACUAAAUGCUAGUAACGCCCCCACCCCCACGCCCAGUCAUAGUGACAACAACAAACCCUAUCAGAUCUAUUCACCCUUUUCAGAGCAAGUAUUUUGUAACAUUCUCUUUGCUGUCCUGAAAUGACUCAUAGAUAAUACAAUCUACUUACACACAUGAAUUUCUUAAAAAAUCAAUUUAAUGCCCUAUCUCUCUUAUUAGGAGAAAUAGAAAAGAAGAAAUUUAUAAUGAAAAGAAUAUGAAUUUCAUUAUGUAAAUGCUCAGGCAUGACUACGCUGUUUGAAACAGAGAGAUGUUUACUCUUCCUUGUAAUGAGUAGGUUUAGAUUUAAGAGCCGAUUAGAGGCUACUUCCUGUAAACAAGUAGAGGAAAAUGAAACUAGAGGGAUGGGGGACACUAGAAUGAAAACCAGUGUUAGGGUAAAGACAAAACAGACCAUAUACAUAAUCUGUAUAUGCGAAAAGAAAGAGCGAAAUUACCUUACUUAAGGAUAAUAGGACAAGACAAAUUACAGAUUGUCUCAGAGAAAACAAAUGAGUUACUCUCUCAGACAAGCUGUAGGUCCUACCUAAAUGUUCAGCAGGACAUUAAACAGUCGUACAGGGUACAGAAUAAUUCUUCGUUGUGUGGCACUAACCCACACACUGCAGGACAUUGUUCUCCCUGGCUGCAUCCACUCAGUGCCGGGAGUAGUCCCCAGUUAUUAUGAAACCACCAAUAACCCACUGACCACAGUGAGAACCACUGAUUUUUUCCACUGACCUAGCGAAUAUCUAGCGUCCUUAGAUCGGCUCAACUGUUACUUCCCUAAGGAGUCCUUCUGUAGAAUAGGUCAGAUCAUUGCCUCCCAAACCCCUUAUUUUUAAAAUACUUUGCGCCUUGCUUUGAUAAUUCGUAUUAUGUAUCCAAUCUGAAAUAUCUGCUUUCUGCAUUAGAAUGUAAGCCCCCUGAGGGUUGAGUCAGUCUGUCUUGUUCGCUGUGCCACGCCUGAUGCCCAGCCCAGCAGCAUGCUUUGUACACUGAUCUAUUGGGUAAAUUUUGUUGAAUAAAUUAAGCUCAACUAUUUAUAUUUCAAUAGUUGAGUUGUAUUGCUUCCUGUUCUUCAAGCUUAAUUUGAACUGUCUAAUAAAAAGAAGUAAUUAA